AAGAGAUAAGAGAUGAAAUAUGUGAUCAGGAUAUACACUGUUGGAACUUGUCCACAUUACAAUUUUAGUGUGUUAAGAAGUGCUGGAAUAUUGAAUAUAACUGUAUUUUUUUCUUGAUUUUGAUAUUGAAUGUCUGAUUUAAAACGUUCAAGAGAGAUAAGGAUAUUGAAUAAAAAUGGCCGACAAUAGACAAGUAAUAAACGAUCCUAUUCAUGGAAAUAUACAACUACAUCCCCUGUGCAUGAAGAUCAUUGACACUCCGCAGUUCCAAAGGCUACGAUUCAUCAAGCAACUUGGAGGCGCCUACUUUGUUUACCCUGGAGCAGCCCACAACAGAUUUGAACAUUCUAUCGGCGUGUGUCAUUUGGCUGGACGACUGGUGAGAGCUCUCAGAAAGCAAAAGUCCAAAGCGCUAGAGAAUGUUGAAAUUACCCCUGAAGACGAGCUGUGCGUAGAAGUGGCGGCACUAUGUCAUGAUCUUGGCCAUGGUCCAUUUUCCCACGUUUUUGAUACACAGAUCAUUCCAAAACUACGAACAGAUGAAAGAAGAGAAUGGAAGCAUGAACAAGGAUCUGUAGAUAUGAUCGAUCAUAUGAUAGAAGAAAAUACUGAGCUUAAAGACAAAUUUAUAGAAGCAAACAUUUUUGAGGAUUUACAAUUCAUAAGGGAGCUAAUCGUUGGACCACGUGAUGCAUCUUCAAAUGAAUGGCCGUACAAAGGGCGACCAAAGGAGAAAGGAUUCCUAUAUGAGAUUGUUUCCAACAAAAGGAAUGGUAUAGAUGUUGACAAAUGGGACUACUUUGCACGUGACUGUUACAUGCUCGGCAUUGGAAAAAACUUCAACCACAAUCGAUGUAUCGAUUUCUCGAGGGUGAUUGAUGUUGAUGGAGAAAAACAGAUAUGUUUUAGAAACAAAGAGGCUGCCAACCUAUAUGAUAUGUUUCACACCCGAAAUUUACUACAUCAAAGGGCUUACAAACACAAGACAACCAAUAUCAUUGAAAUAAUGAUAGCUGAAGCCCUUGUGUCAGCCAAUGAUUUUAUUACAUUUCCUGGUAAAGACAGUAAAGCUUGUACAAUGUCUGAAGCAAUAGAUGAUAUGAAAGCGUAUAGUCUUUUGAAUGAUGACGUAAUACACCGUAUUCUUAGAAGCACAGAUCCACGUCUAUAUCAAUCAAAACAACUUCUUGAAAGAGUUUUAAAAAGAAACUUUUAUAGAUUAGUAGGCGAAAAAAGAUUUUCCCAUGGAGAGUUUAAAGAUGAGAAUGAAGUAAAAGAAGACAUGAAGAAAAUUGAAGAAACUAACAUCACAGAAGAUGAUUUUUCUAAAAUAGUGAUAGACAUUGUUAACUUCGAUUAUGGAAUGGAGGACAAGAACCCAAUAGACUUCGUCAGAUUCUUCACAAAAGACAACCCGGAUAAAGCUGAACAAAGGCACAAAGAAGAUGUAUCUCUGUUACUGCCGAAGGAAUUUGCAGAACAACUGGUACGCGUGUACUCUAGGGACCUUGACAGUAACUUUGUAGCAAAAUUCGAAACAUGGGUGAAAAAUACACGUAAGGGUACCAAGAAACAAAAAAACAUCCGAGUGAAAAGAGGAUGGAAACAAGGCUUAUUCGAACACCAUUAUUAUCGAAUACUUCUACAGACAAGAUGGAAUUAGCAAAUAACUUUACAUGCUUAAUUAAGGACAGUUAUACUAGCAUGAAAGACAUAUUAAUUGUUUUAUUUAUCAUGUUUAUCUAUUAAAUAGUUGUAACACAGUUCAAAACUUGUCUAGAUGUAUUUAUCUAUUGACAAUUAGAUUCUAGUUAUUGAAAUUAUUUUGAAUAUUUCUUUUGAUUUAAGUCUAAUGUGAUUGAUUAUUAUGAAAUAUGAAUUUGAAAAUAACAUAUUCGAAUUUCUUUUAAACGGUCAUGUGAUUUUUAUUUUCACGUGGUAUAUGUGAAGGCAGGUAUAAAUGUAGCGCUAGGGGAGAUAAUCGCUUUUGGGAGUUUGCUUGAGAUGACGAGAAAUUACGAGAUGCUGAUGAUAUAGAAAACGAAUGUUGCUAUCAAAUAUGGAGCACAUACAAUUAAGGUAUUUAAAAGCGCCAAAAGUAUAUAGUUGUUGAUUGACUUGCCUGUUUAAUGUCAGCUCUAUUGUCUGAGUUUUGAAAGACCGAGGGUCAAUACUUUAGAUUUUUGACUGGGAAGUAAUUCA